GCUGAGGGGCCCCACCUGCGAGAAGAGGGAGGGAUGCCGGAGCCAGGUGUCCCGGCGCUUUAAGGCCCAUCAUAGUCAGAGCUUCCUGCGCUGGUCCUCGCCCUAACGCAAGGCUCCCUGGAACGUUUUUAUUUUCUUUUUUUUGUGGGGAGCCCGCGGAGCAGCCGCUAUGGCCAGCACCAGGAGUAUUGAACUAGAGCACUUUGAGGAGCGGGACAAAAGGCCGCGGCCGGGGUCGCGGAGAGGGGCGCCCAGCUCCUCCGGGGGCAGCAGCAGCUCGGGCCCCAAGGGGAAUGGGCUUAUUCCCAGCCCGGCGCACAGUGCCCACUGCAGCUUCUACCGCACGCGGACCCUGCAGGCCCUCAGCUCGGAGAAGAAGGCCAAGAAGGCGCGCUUCUAUCGGAAUGGGGACCGCUACUUCAAAGGCCUGGUGUUUGCCAUCUCCAGCGACCGCUUCCGGUCCUUUGAUGCGCUCCUCAUGGAGCUCACCCGCUCCCUGUCCGACAACGUGAACCUGCCCCAGGGAGUCCGCACCAUCUACACCAUCGACGGCAGCCGGAAGAUCACCAGCCUGGACGAGCUGCUGGAAGGUGAGAGUUACGUGUGUGCAUCCAAUGAACCAUUUCGUAAAGUUGAUUACACUAAAAAUAUUAAUCCAAACUGGUCUGUGAACAUCAAGGGGACAGCAAGAGCCUUGGCCACUGCCUCCUCUGUGAAAAGUGAAGUAAAAGAAAGUAAAGAUUUCAUCAAACCAAAAUUAGUGACUGUGAUUCGAAGUGGAGUGAAGCCUAGAAAAGCUGUGCGGAUCCUUCUGAAUAAAAAGACUGCGCAUUCCUUUGAACAGGUCUUAACAGAUAUCACUGAAGCCAUUAAACUAGACUCAGGAGUGGUUAAGAGGCUCUGCACCCUGGACGGAAAGCAGGUUACUUGUCUGCAAGACUUUUUUGGUGAUGAUGAUGUUUUUAUUGCGUGUGGACCUGAAAAAUUCCGUUAUGCUCAAGAUGACUUUGUCCUGGAUCACAGUGAGUGCCGUGUCCUGAAAUCAUCUUAUUCUCGAUCCUCAGCUGUUAAGUAUUCUGGAUCAAAAAGCCCUGGGCCCUCUCGUCGCAGCAAAUCACCAGCUUCAGUAAAGAGGGGUGGCCACUACUCCAGUGCCUAUUCUACAGCCAAAUCCCCAGUUAAUGGAACUCCCAGCAGCCAACUUUCUACUCCUAAAUCUACAAAAUCCUCCAGUUCCUCUCCAACUAGCCCAGGAAGUUUCAGAGGAUUAAAGAUUUCUGCUCACGGCAGAUCUUCUUCUAAUGUAAACGGUGGUCCAGAACUUGAUCGUUGCAUGAGUCCUGAAGGUGUGAAUGGAAACAGGUGCUCUGAAUCAUCAACUCUUCUUGAGAAAUACAAAAUUGGGAAGGUUAUUGGUGAUGGUAAUUUUGCGGUAGUCAAAGAGUGUAUGGACAGGUCCACUGGAAAGGAGUUUGCCCUAAAGAUUAUAGACAAAGCCAAAUGUUGUGGAAAGGAACACCUGAUUGAGAAUGAGGUGUCAAUACUGCGCCGAGUGAAACAUCCCAAUAUCAUCAUGCUGGUUGAGGAGAUGGAAACAGCAACGGAGCUCUUUCUGGUGAUGGAAUUGGUUAAAGGUGGAGAUCUCUUUGAUGCAAUUACCUCUUCAACCAAGUACACUGAGAGGGACGGCAGCGCCAUGGUGUACAACCUAGCCAACGCCCUCCGGUAUCUCCAUGGCCUCAGCAUUGUACACAGAGACAUCAAGCCAGAGAAUCUUCUGGUGUGUGAAUAUCCUGAUGGAACUAAAUCUUUGAAACUGGGGGACUUUGGGCUGGCUACUGUGGUGGAAGGCCCUUUAUACACAGUCUGUGGCACACCAACUUAUGUGGCUCCAGAAAUCAUUGCUGAAACUGGCUAUGGCCUGAAGGUGGACAUUUGGGCAGCUGGCGUGAUCACAUACAUUCUUCUCUGUGGAUUCCCACCAUUCCGAAGUGAGAACAACCUCCAGGAAGAUCUCUUCGACCAGAUCUUGGCUGGGAAGCUGGAGUUUCCGGCCCCAUACUGGGAUAACAUCACAGACUCAGCCAAGGAAUUAAUCAGUCAAAUGCUUCAGGUAAACGUUGAAGCUCGGUGUACCGCAGGACAAAUCCUGAGUCACCCCUGGGUGUCAGAUGAUGCCUCCCAGGAGAAUAAUAUGCAAGCUGAGGUAACAGGUAAACUAAAACAGCACUUUAAUAAUGCGCUUCCCAAACAGAACAGCACCACCACCGGGGUCUCCGUUAUCAUGAACACGGCUCUAGAUAAGGAGGGGCAGAUUUUCUGCGGCAAGCACUGUCAAGACAGCAGCAGACCCGGGAUGGAGCACAUCUCUGCAGUUCCUCCCUCAGCCGAGGAGCCCCCUGUGUCUGGGGCAGCAGCCCUGGCCUCGGCCCCUCCGGAAUCUCCCACACCCCCCUGUCCUCCUGCUGCCAUAGGCUGUGAGCGGGCAGGGACCUGGCGCCGCCACCGUGACUGAGCCUUGUGCAGACAGGCCGAAGCCGCCUGCUGCUGUGCCAGGAGCCGGCUCGUCUGCUCAGCCUGGCCGUGCCCCUCUCACUGAAAGCCUUUCUCUCUUGACUGCUUGCUCGUGAGUUUGCUGGCAUUCUCCUCAGGCUGCCUGGGAACCAGGAGCCCGGUGCUGGGGCGUGGCCUUGUCUGGCACUCUGGGCUCUGCCUUCAGUUCCUGGAGGUAUCAUAUACCAUGUCAGCUUUGGUGACAGAUAUUCAGAAUAACUCAUUUUAAAUCAUCCAUGUUUUCAGUUCAGUGACAUUUUACAGCUUCACCAGGAGAAUGUGCAACUUUUAUUCAGUAUUAAAUGCAUUUUUAUAGAAAUA